CCCAAAAGCAGAACCAGUCAUUUGAAUUUUUAUCACACAUAUGUUCAUCACAGUUCUCACUCAACUACAGCACUCAAUCUGACAUUUACCCAAGACCUAAAGGAGAAUCAUGGCUGCUAUAACUUUGGGGACUUCACUAUCAGCACUUGCAAAGUUGGAUUCUAGAGAUUUUUUGGCUCAAUCAACCAAGUUCUUUCUUCCCUCAUCGUCUCAUUCUUCAGGAAUUCUUCAAGGGCGGAAAUUCUAUGGAGGAAUUGGCAUGCCUGUAAAGAGAAGGUCACAGUUCCAUCUUGUAGUUUCCAAUGUUGCCACUGAAAUUAGCCCUACCGAGAAACAGGCUCAGAAGGUUUCCACAGACAGCGCUCGACCAGUAUAUCCAUUCACUGCCAUUGUAGGACAAGAGGAGAUGAAACUUUGCCUUUUGUUAAAUGUGAUUGAUCCAAAGAUUGGAGGGGUGAUGAUCAUGGGUGAUAGAGGAACAGGGAAGUCAACCACCGUUCGGUCAUUAGUGGAUUUACUUCCUGAAAUAAAAGUAGUUGUUGGUGAUCCAUACAAUUCAGAUCCAGAUGAUCCAGAAUUGAUGGGUAUUGAGGUCCGAGAGAAAGUUUCACAAGGCGAGGAAGUUUCUAUUACAUUAACCAAAAUUAACAUGGUUGACCUGCCAUUAGGUGCCACUGAAGAUAGAGUUUGUGGGACGAUUGAUAUUGAGAAGGCUCUUACAGAAGGAGUUAAGGCCUUUGAGCCUGGUCUUUUAGCAAAAGCUAACAGAGGAAUUCUUUAUGUUGAUGAAGUUAAUCUUUUGGAUGACCACUUAGUGGAUGUCCUCUUGGAUUCUGCUGCAUCUGGAUGGAAUACUGUUGAAAGAGAGGGAAUAUCCAUUUCACAUCCUGCCCGUUUCAUUCUUAUAGGUUCAGGAAAUCCAGAAGAAGGUGAACUUAGACCUCAGCUUCUUGAUCGUUUUGGGAUGCAUGCGCAAGUUGGUACUGUGAGAGAUGCUGAGCUUAGAGUAAAGAUUGUUGAAGAGAGAGCUCGUUUUGAUAAGAACCCUAAAGAGUUCCGGGAAUCUUACAAGGCAGAGCAAGAAAAGCUUGAACAGCAAAUCCGCUCAGCAAGAAACUCUCUUUCCUCUGUUACAAUUGAUCAUGAACUCCGUGUUAAGAUUUCCAAGGUUUGUGCUGAACUGAAUGUUGAUGGGUUAAGAGGAGACAUAGUUACGAAUAGAGCAGCAAGAGCAUUGGCUGCCCUUAAAGGAAGAGAUAAAGUGACUCCUGAGGAUAUCGCCACGGUCAUCCCUAAUUGCUUAAGACACCGUCUGAGGAAGGAUCCGUUGGAGUCAAUAGAUUCGGGCUUGCUCGUAAUUGAGAAAUUCUAUGAGGUUUUCAGCUAAGGGGCUUUUAACUUGUUCCCACUUUAUGCGAUGUUUUGAAUGCACUAGAAUCUCUGCCAAGUCAAUGCUGAUCUCAUAUUGUUUAUCUUUAACCAUAAAACAACUGAUUUGUGGUAUUGAGCAGUGAGAUUGUUCAAGUAAAAGUUGGAGAGAUUUGUGAGGCUCAGGUUUUCGCUUGUUUUCUGCACUACUUAUAUCAUAGUAUGUGUGUGUGUGUUUUUUUUUUUACCUGGAUAGGUAUUUUUGCAGAUAAUGCCCUCUUUCUUCGCUUGUUAUGGCCGCCUUCUCGCGUCAACUGUCAAGUUGUUUUGGUCUAUCCUUUGGUCCGAGUCUGUAAAUGUAUAUGGAUUCUUCAUUCUGUUGUAGAAACAAGUAGCCACUUCAUUCAGGUUGGAAGCAGCCAUUAAUGUUAUCCCUCUAAAUGCCCCGUCCAAGCCAAAGAACUUUGAGUAAUGUCGAAUUUGAACAUUUAUGUAGUUCCAAGUGUUCACGUGUGUCAAUUGAACAACAAAAUUCUUUGUUUUCGAAAUUUUCUAGUGAC